UGUGCUUUAGAACAAAAUAUCACUGUAAUUUUUUUCUCUUAGCAUUUUUCAUCUUUUCCAAACGUGAAAAGGGCGACCAUCUGUCUGAAACCCGCAUCAAACCAAAUCAUUUCUAAAGCAGCUGUUCUUCGGAGGUGAUUGUUUUAGGGCUGUCUUGUCCUUCCUUGGGGCCUCCCUGUUCCUUACCACGCAUCUCCCGCACUCGGUAGGAAAUGGAAUCAAAAGUCUCGGAAGGUGGCCUGAAUGUUACUCUCACCAUCCGGCUGCUCAUGCAUGGAAAGGAAGUUGGAAGCAUUAUUGGGAAGAAAGGAGAGACCGUGAAAAAGAUGCGUGAGGAGAGUGGAGCAAGAAUCAACAUCUCUGAGGGAAACUGUCCGGAAAGAAUUGUGACCAUCACAGGCCCCACUGAUGCCAUCUUCAAGGCUUUUGCCAUGAUAGCUUACAAAUUUGAGGAGGACAUAAUCAACUCAAUGAGUAACAGCACUGCUACCAGUAAACCGCCAGUAACAUUGAGGUUGGUCGUGCCUGCUAGCCAGUGUGGGUCACUGAUUGGCAAAGGAGGCUCCAAGAUUAAGGAAAUCAGGGAGUCAACAGGUGCUCAGGUUCAAGUGGCGGGGGACAUGCUGCCCAACUCCACAGAGCGGGCAGUGACAAUUUCGGGGACCCCCGAUGCAAUUAUCCAGUGUGUCAAACAGAUCUGUGUGGUGAUGCUGGAGUCCCCACCGAAAGGUGCCACCAUUCCCUAUCGCCCAAAGCCCGCCUCCACCCCUGUCAUUUUUGCAGGUGGUCAGGCCUAUACAAUUCAGGGACAAUAUGCAAUUCCACACCCGGAUCAGUUGACCAAGCUCCACCAGUUGGCUAUGCAGCAAACCCCCUUUACUCCCCUUGGACAGACCACCCCCGCUUUCCCUGGAGAAAAGCUGCCCUUACAUUCCUCCGAAGAAGCUCAAAAUCUGAUGGGCCAAUCAUCAGGUUUGGAUGCCAGUCCCCCGGCCAGUACUCAUGAACUCACCAUUCCCAAUGAUCUAAUAGGCUGCAUAAUCGGACGCCAAGGGACCAAAAUCAAUGAAAUUCGACAGAUGUCUGGAGCGCAGAUCAAAAUCGCCAAUGCCACAGAAGGCUCAUCGGAACGUCAAAUUACCAUCACAGGAACCCCAGCUAACAUCAGCCUUGCCCAGUACCUCAUCAACGCCAGGCUGACGUCUGAGGUCACUGGAAUGGGCGCACUCUAAUUUCUACCCAUCAUCCUUCAUUCUGCAUCACCUGACCCUCUCAAGCCAAUGACACUUCACCCGGCUUGUACAAUCUGUAUUUUUACUGCCUUCCCAUUUACCUCCAUAGAUACUUUUUCUUUACUCACACACACACACACACACACACACACACACACACACACACACACACACACACACACACACACACACUUUCUUUAUAUAUUCCAUACUGUGCUCCUAAUCUCUUUAUUUAUGGUCCCAGGCCUGUCCAUGUUUUCAAAGUCCAGUGUUAAUUACUUUAACUACCUUUUGGGGGGUUUCCAUUGGUGAGACUUCAGAAGAAGGCUUGGUCUCUGGUGUCAGUUUAGCUUAGUUAUUUUAAUGUUUUAUUUUGACAUUUUAACAGCAUUUACUGUAGUGUAUGAUUUAUGAUGCCAGCUAGAGCUGUGCUUGCUUUGAAAUACUCUGCUCACAAUUAUCCCAUUGAAAUGUCCAUUUUUCAUUUUGCUUGUCCCGGCUCACCUUUUAAACCUCGAAUCCAUGUCCAGAGAAUGUGGCAUGGUUUACCCCAUGUAAUUUUGGAAGCAGGAUGUGCAGGAGCCAAUGAAUACACCCAUGAGUCCCCAUUGGUUCCCCCACACAAUAUAUUCUUUCCAACAUGGCAGGGUCCAAACAAGCCAUUUUUAUUACUAACGAAAGAAGAAAAAAAAAUCCAGUCUUAUUUUUUAACUCAGAAGUAAUUGGGAGUGGGGUGGGUGGGGGAUAUAUAUCCAAUUCAAAGCCACAGGGACCUCUACAAGUAUUCUUAAGACAAUAGCCCAUAGUGAAUUUUGGACUUAGCUCAGGAAGCUCAAAUCUCUGUGAGCCUGCUGUGUUUGCCAUUGUUUGUAUUCAAUAAAUAUCUGUGCAGCU